CUAUGAAGUAGCGGCAACUUGGAAUGGAGCGGCUCGUCACGGACAGGCAACCGAACGACGAACGAAGUCCGGCGUCCGGCAGUGUAGUUCGUACAGUCAACAACGGCAAACCGGUCUCGCGGGAGCUUCAAGUCGGUGUUGUUAUGAUUAGGAACAAAUGUGGUGUUUUGUGACAAAGUUAGUGUAUUAAUUGGCCCUCCGACACCGAGUCGGCCACGAGAAGUCUGGCCUGGAUUCCGCGCCUGCUUUGAAUGUGCUGCAAAAGUGACGUGGGUGACGUGUGAGGGACCAAAGGGAGGUUAUGGAUUGCCUCAUGAAGUUCAACCAGUUCAAGAAUCAUCACAUCAUGCACAGAAAGGCGAGACAAAGGGCCCUGGCGCGGACGCUCUGCGGGACGUCCGCAUGCGCGUGGAGCCGUCCGCUGUGGAGGCGGGCAGCCCGGCCACCGUCAAGUGCGAGUACGACCUGGAGAACCAGAAGCUCUACUCGGUCAAGUUCUACCGCGGCAGCCACGAGUUCUACCGCUAUUCGGCCGAGGACGAGCCGCACACGAAGGUGUUCCCUUUCCCCCAGGGGCUACCCUCCAGCCCUGUCAACUUGCAGCGCUCCAACCAGACGCAGGUGUACCUCGGGGAGGUGUCCCCCUCGCUGGCCGGCAACCUGAGCUGCGAGGUGACGACCGACGACACGUUCGUCACGCGGCUCGUGUACACCAACCUGGUGGUCGCAGUGAAGCCCGAGGGACCGCCGCAUAUAACAACGUCGAAGAACUCUUAUGACCCCGGGGAGACGCUGCUUGCCACCUGCGUGGCCCAGCCGUCACAGCCCGCCGCCGAACUGUCCUUCUACAUCGGCGACCGAAUGGUGGGACAGGGAGUGCCCGAGGUGCGCAACACGUCAACGGGGCUGCUGGAGACCCGCCUGGAGCUCCGCCUCCGCCUCGCCGACAAGCACUUCAACGCCGGGACGGGGCGCGACCGGGACGGCGGCGAGAUGGUCGUGCUGCGCUGCCACGCCGAGGUGCCCAACCUGGCCGUCCACAACGCGUACACGCGGCUGAGUCGCCGGACCAAGCAUCCGGUCCCCGAGCGAGUGACGCAGCCCAACGCGGCGGCGGCGCUGGCCGCGAUGCCGGCCUCCCUCAUGCUGCUGCUGGUGGUGCUCGGCGCGCGCGGCUCCCUCGCCCGGAGAUGAUGGCCCUGAUGCAGCACGGGAGCCCGGCCGGGCAGCAGGGCACGUGCCCCGCACGCUCUACGGAAGUGGACUGAAGUGAUGUGAUGUGGCUAAUAAUGACGUUCGAGGUAGUCUGAGACCCCAAAGCCAUGGAACUCUUCGUACCAGAAACAAUGGCUGUUGUUUGGAGAGAUUCAUCAUUAUGGAUUGAACGCAAAGACACUCCUGGAAGGUGACGAGCACGAGAUAUUGUUCGAGUUUUGAGGGUGGGAAUCGUCGUAACCGGCGGUUGCCCACCAAGACUAUGUAUAAACGACCCUAUGGUUGCGUUGUGUGUGUUGUGUAAUUGUGUUUAAUUCAAGAACCUCGAUGCGAAAUGCAGGGAUGCUUCUCUACGUUUGACCAUGUUUGACACAUUGAAAGAAAUAAAUAGUUGAAAAGCAUGGAGUAAACUCAGUACAACGACAAAAUGUUGAUUUAUACAGGAAACUGGUUGUUUACAGAAGAUUUUUUGAAUGUUAGAAAAGCAUGUAAAAUAUUCUAAAACGAAAAAAUUUCAAAGAAUGAAUUGAGAUUAAUUGUGUACACAUAAGAGACUCAAAAACAUGUGGCUAUUUGUCUAGAAAUCCCCAACUUUUACUUGUUAACUGCUAGCUGUUUUAAAUACUGGGAAAGCGUCAUCCCCCCACGAAUACAAAGUGGCCGUGUGGCAUUAUUGUAUGUGUUCAUGGUAUGCAUUUCGAAAAACCAGAAGUGGUAGACCAGAAUAGAUGUGGAUUGAGGUGACUCUCUCCUCCUUAGCUCUGGCAUUAAACAUUGAAUUGUAAUAUCUUACCAUAGUCAUCCCCCAAUUUUGACCUGAAUGUAGGUGGUUUUAAAAUUGUAAAAUAAAAUUAUAUUAUUUGAUCCCUUUUCACCAAGAUUUCUAUGUUACUGUGGCCCUAUCAAACAGAUCUUUCAUCCAUCACCCAACAUUUCCAACACAUUCCUAUUCUGUUUUUUUUUUCUUUUCAAGAAAUAAUGGGAAUAUAAUACAUAUUUAAUUUUGGUAUAAGAAACCUGAUGGGUGGAUCACUUCUAGGAUGCCACUUCAGAUUUUGUUCAAACAUCACAUUAUUUGUUGUUCAUUAAUUUUUUAUGCAGCUCCCAACAUGCAAGCGGAGAUAACAAUUCCAGAAGACGAAGAAAAUGUCCCCUUUCCACCAACCACUCGGAAGUUUUUUUUUUUUUUUUGGGUUAUAUUUAAGCUUUCCAAAUUUGAAACUUUGUUGUAGGACUAUUGUGAUACUUAUUUCUCUGAGAUUUUAAAUAAAAUUUCACUUUAUGUUGUCACAUGAA